ACAUCGCGCGUCGGUGUUCUUAUCAGUCGAACGCUGCUUUCGAUUUUAUACAUUCUAUCGCACUCCGCUGUCUUCACGGGGCACCUUAUGAUGACUGAUGCGAUAAAUGAACAUCGGAAAAGGCAAAUUUCAGUGUUAAGUUGGCAAAGGUGCAUAUCGGAUCAUGGAUACCACGGAUGAGCUUGAUGUUCUCGGUUUUGGGAGCAGAACUAAUGAAUCAUCCAAAUCAAUCAAGGAAGCUCUCGUUUCUCGUGCUGCUCUAGACGAGUAUUAUGACACGACAAACAAGCGUCGUGGCAUUGCGUUGGUGUUUUGCCAUAUGAACUUCUCGGUCAUGGCCAAAAGGAAUGGAGCCGAUAAGGAUCGCGAUGACAUCUGUAAUACGCUUUAUGGGUUGGAUUUCGAUGUACGCGUGUUUGAUGAUCUGAGUAGAAAGGAGGUACUGGAUAGACUGAAAGAUGUUUCCCGGGAGGAUCACUCGGACAACGACUGUCUUGUGGUAGUUAUGAUGUCACAUGGCGAGCAAGGUGUCCUCUACGCCAGAGAUAAUAAAUACAACGUUGACUCGCUGUGGAAGAACUUUGUAGGAAAUGCGUGUCCCUCGUUGAUCGGGAAGCCGAAAAUGUUCUUCAUUCAGGCGUGUCGUGGUGAGCAGUUCGACGAAGGAGUGGCCUAUGCAGCGAAAUCGCCCAAAGACAUGGUAGACUCACGUCAAGAGCAGGUUCUGUAUUCAAUUCCGGCUAUGGCCGAUCUACUGGUGAUGUACUCCACAUACGAUGGGUACUAUUCUUGGAGAAAUCCACGGCAGGGUUCGUGGUUCAUUCAGUCUCUCUGUACGGAGCUGGAUGAAAAUGGACGAGUGCGUGAUUUGCUAACAUUACUCACCGGAGUGUCCAGAAGAACUGCCUACGAGUUUCAAUCCUUUGUGCCGCAUAAUGCAAAAAUGGAUGCCAUGAAACAGAUUCCGUGUAUCGUCUCGAUGCUCACGAAGACAUUCUACUUCACCAAGAAGACCAGGAGCAGAGUAGUAACGGACAUUGAUUAGAACAGAUAGAUAAUGUUUCUCAUAAAAAUUAUGUGUUCCUAAGUUUAAUCUUGAAUGCUUAGUGUGAUAGAAUAAUUUCAUCUGUUUCGCCAUUUAAAUAAACAAAGUGUAGUAAA